GGGCGCUUCCCGCCCACCUCGGUCUCUCCAGCCCACCUCGGUCUCUCCAGCCAAAUCUCCCCGGUUAACUCCCAUCCAUUUUUCGUUCCCCGGCGGACGCCUCUCCGGUUACGGAUGUUAUUUUUUUUGUUUUAGGCAGAGAAGCUCAUCUCGUUUUGUUUUUCGUUGUUUUUGUGUAACGAAAUUGCCCAGUGUGGAUUUUUCCGUUAUAAAGGGCUGGAAAAAUUUCUUUGGCGAUUUUGACCCUUUCCUUGUUACCAAUUGCUGCAAGCAAUAAAGCGAAUUAACACCUCCGUCUUUAUCUCUCAGUUCCUCCUCUACACACGAUGUCUGAUAUCGAAGAACGUGCUAUCAGCACCAUCAAGCUCCUCUCCGUUGACCAGGUUGCUAAGGCCAACUCUGGCCACCCAGGUGCACCAUUGGGCCUUGCUACCGUUGCUCAUGCUAUCUGGAAGCAGAUGAGAUUCAACCCUAAGAACCCGGACUGGAUCAACAGAGAUAGAUUUGUCCUGUCCAACGGUCACGCCGUUGCACUGUUGUACUCGCUGUUGCACCUGUUUGGCUACCCGCUGACCAUUGACGACUUGAAGAACUUCAGACAGCUGGGCUCAAAGACCCCAGGUCACCCAGAGGCUGAGACCCCAGGUAUCGAGGUCACCACUGGUCCGCUCGGCCAAGGUAUCUCCAACGCUGUUGGUUUGGCCAUUGCUCAGAAGCAAUUUGCCGCCAGAUACAACAAGCCAGACUUCACCUUGUCUGACAACUACACCUAUGUGAUUUUGGGUGAUGGUUGUUUGCAAGAGGGUGUUGCCUCUGAGGCGUGCUCUCUUGCUGGUCACUUGCAAUUGAACAACUUGAUUGCCUUCUACGAUGACAACCACAUCACCAUCGAUGGUAACACCAACGUGUCCUUCACAGAGGAUGUCAACAAGAGAUUCGAGGCUUAUGGCUGGGAGGUUCAGUGGAUUAAGGAUGGUAACAACGACUUGAACGCCAUCAACAAGGCCUUGGAACAAGCCAAGAAGUCCAACAAGCCAACUCUGAUCAGAUUGACCACCAUCAUCGGUUACGGUUCCUUGCAGCAAGGUAGUCACUCCGUCCACGGAUCCCCAUUGAAGGCAGAUGACAUCAAGCAAUUGAAGGAGAAGCUUGGUUUCAACCCUGAGGAGAACUUUGUCGUCCCACAAGAGGUUUACGACUACUACAACAAGGAGACCAUCCAACCAGGUCAGAAGCUCGAGGAGGAGUGGAACGCUUUGUUCAAGUCUUACUCUGAAAAGUACCCAGAACAAGCUAAGGAGAUCACAAGAAGACUUAGCGGUGAAUUGCCAUCAGGCUGGGAGGAGAAAUUGCCUUCCUACACCAAGGAUGACAAGGCUCUUGCUACUAGAAAGCUCUCUGAGAUGCUCUUGGACUCCAUCUUUGACUACAUUCCAGAGCUCAUUGGUGGUUCUGCUGAUUUGACCGGUUCCAACUUGACCCGUUCCAAGGAGGCCACCGACUUCCAACCAGAUGAUGCUCCAGCUGAAGGUAACUACGCUGGUCGUUACAUCCGUUACGGUGUCCGUGAACACGGUAUGGGUGCUAUCAUGAACGGUAUCUCUGCCUUUGGUGCUAACUACAAGGCCUAUGGUGGUACUUUCCUCAACUUUGUCUCAUAUGCUGCUGGUGCUGUUAGACUCUCUGCCCUCUCUGGUCAUCCAGUUGUUUGGGUUGCCACACACGACUCUAUCGGUCUUGGUGAAGAUGGUCCAACUCAUCAACCUAUUGAGACCUUGGCCCACUUCAGAGCCACUCCAAACUUGAAGGUUUGGAGACCAGCUGACGGUAACGAGGUUUCUGCUGCUUACAAGGUUGCCCUUGGCUCCAAGCACACUCCAUCUAUCAUUGCCUUGUCCAGACAAAACUUGCCACAAUUGGAAGGUUCCUCCGUCGCCAAGGCCGAGAAGGGUGGUUACGUCGUCAAGGAGGCUGCUGAUGCCCAAGUGAUCCUUGUUGCUACCGGUUCUGAGGUUUCCCUCGCCAUCGAGGGUGCUGAGGCUCUUGCUGCCAAGGGUGUCUCUGCCCGUGUCGUUUCUCUUCCAGACCAGCACACAUUCGACCAGCAAUCCAAGGAAUACAGACUCUCUGUCCUUCCAGAUGGUAUCCCAAUCGUCUCCAUCGAAGUGUUGACCACCACCGGUUGGGCUAAGUACUCCCACGAGCAAUUCGGUAUCGACAGAUUCGGUGCUUCUGGUAAGGCUUCUGACGUGUACAAGUUCUUCGAGUUCACUGCUGAUGGUGUCGCUGACAGAGCUUUGAAGACCAUCGAGUUCUACAAGGGCUCUAAGAUCGUCUCUCCAUUGAACAAGGCCUUCUACUCUGUUGUUUAGACGGAGCCUGCUCUUAAAACUAAACACACGUUCUAUGAUUUAAUACAUUUAGUUGGAAACCUCAUCUGUAGUAGCUGCGUUUAGUUGUCACGGCAACACGUUUACUCUUUUCAGACGAAACCACGGCUCUUCACCUGGAAUUGGUGUCUGGAUGUUUCCAGUGCUGAUUUC